ACCGCUAUUUGAGGCCGGGAGUGGCUCCGACGCUCAGCCGCUGCUCCGCUCACUCUGGCUGCAUCGCCGACACCGCGAGACUCGCCAUCAUGGAUACUCUGUCUGAAGCAAAUGGCACUUUUGCCUUAAACCUUUUGAGAAAGCUGGGUGACGACAGAUCAAAAAACGUGUUCUUCUCGCCCAUGAGCAUCUCCUCUGCCCUGGCCAUGGUCUUCAUGGGGGCAAAGGGCAACACCGCGGCCCAGAUGGUCCAGGCACUUUUUUUGAGUAAAAGUGGUGGCGGAGGUGAACAUGUCCACCAGGGUUUCCAGUUGCUUCUCGCCGAGGUUAACAAGACUGGCACACAGUACUUGCUGAGAACUGCCAACAGGCUCUUUGGAGAAAAGUCUUAUGAUUUCAACUCAUCUUUCAAAGAUUCCUGCCGCAAAUUCUACGAAGCAGAGAUGGAAGAGCUGGACUUCUUCAAAGCUGCAGAGGAGGCCAGAAAACACAUCAACACCUGGGUUGCUAACAAGACAGAAGGUAAAAUUACAGAGUUGCUGUCUCCAAAUUCAGUUAAUCAGAGUACUCCUCUGGUUCUCGUGAAUGCCAUCUACUUCAAAGGAACCUGGAACAGUCAGUUUAGCAAACAGCACACCAAGGAGAGACCAUUUAAAGUCAGCAAGAAUGAGGAGAAACUUGUGCAAAUGAUGUUUAAGAAAUCUACCUUUAAUAUCACCUACAUAGGAGAAAUAUUCACCAAAAUUCUGGUGCUGCCAUAUGUCGGCAAAGAGCUGAACAUGAUCAUCAUGCUCCCCGAUGAAAACGUCGACCUAGAGACGGUGGAAAAACAACUUACUUAUGAGAAAUUCAUGGAGUGGACCAAGCCAGAUAUGAUGGAUGAGGAAGAGGUGGAGGUGUUCCUCCCUAGAUUCAAACUGGAGGAGAACUACGACAUGGAGGCUGUCCUGCGCUCUCUGGGCAUGACCGAUGCCUUUGAUCAGGAAAAGGCGGACUUUUCUGGAAUAUCGUCUGGGAGAAACCUGUUUCUAUCCAAGGUCGUGCACAAAUCCUUUGUGGAGGUCAACGAGGAAGGCACGGAGGCUGCAGCAGCCACUGCCGCCAUCAUGAUGUUUCGCUGUGCCAGGAUCACCCCCAGGUUCUGUGCGGACCACCCCUUCCUUUUCUUCAUACAGCACAGCAAAACCAACAGUAUUCUGUUCUGUGGCCGCUACUCCUCCCCUUAAGGGAAUGGCCAGCUCUGCCCAUAGCCCUUCUCCUGUCCCCUGCUGACCCACUUUCCCUCUGACACUUCACAAUGUGCCUGAACCCAAAGUGACCUUUGGUGACAGCCCAAAAAUAAAGGGUCUAAUUUUGAAGUUCCA